AUGGAGUACUUACAGAAAUACCAGAACAAUCUGUCCAAUUUCCGCGCUGCCGACAUGUCGCAGACGCAGACUGCGAUAGUUUUCGGUUUGGGAGCCAUCGGCAUUGCUUUCAUCCUCUCUCAGACCUUCACUCUUCUCCGGGUGAUCUUCAGUUUGUUCGUGCUUCCGGGCAGAUCGUUGAAAAGCUUCGGCCCCAAAGGCAGCUGGGCAGUCAUCACCGGCGCCUCCGAUGGCCUAGGCAAGGAAUUUGCCUACCAAAUCGCCCGUGCUGGGUUCAACCUCGUCCUUGUCUCACGCACCGAAUCGAAACUCAUCACCCUCGCCGAGGAAAUCACCGCCAAAAACCCCUCCGUACAAACCAAAAUCCUUGCGAUGGACUUUGCACAAAACAGCAAUGCAGACUACGAACGCCUCAAGGCUCUCCUGCUCGGUCUCGAUGUGUCGAUUCUGGUAAACAACGUCGGCAAGAGCCACAGCAUCCCGGUCACCUUCAACGAAACUCCCGAGGAUGAGAUCGCCGACAUCAUCAACAUCAACUGCCACGGCACGCUGCGCAUCACCCAGCUCAUCACACCAGGCAUGAUCGAGCGCAAGCGCGGCUUGAUUCUCACCAUGGGCUCGUUCGGCGGGCUUGUGCCUACGCCUCUGCUGGCGACGUACUCCGGCAGCAAGGCUUUCCUUCAAUACUGGUCGUCUGCGCUUGGCGCCGAACUCGAGCCUUACGGUAUCACCGUGCAGCUCCUCCAGGCCCAUCUCAUCACAUCCGCCAUGUCAAAGAUCCGCAAACCCACCUUCACGGUCCCAACGCCGAAGGUGUGGGUAUCGACUGCUCUCCGCAAGAUUGGUCGAAAUGGCGGUUCUCCGUAUUACUCAUAUACCUCCUCCCCGUAUUUCAGCCACGGCAUCAUGGCGUGGUUUAUCACCUGUGUGAUGGGGGUUUUCAGUAAGCGGGUUGCUAGUAUUAAUAAGGGAAUGCACGAGUCGAUUCGAAAGAGGGCUUUGAGGAAGGCAGAGCGGGAGAAGGGAAAGAAAGCUCUUUGA